UCCCUGAAGCCUACCUGGUCUGGGAGCUGAGCGUCUAGGACUCACCUCGCAGACCGGUCGACUCCUCCUCCAGCCGCUGCUUCGGCUCGUCUCGCCUCAGACCCGGCGCUGGAAUUCAUUAAAUAUUACUAAGAAAUACAGACAACAUGUUCUACACACAUGUGCUUAUGAGUAAGCGAGGGCCAUUGGCCAAAAUCUGGCUUGCAGCUCACUGGGAGAAGAAACUCACAAAGGCCCAUAUAUUUGAAUGUAAUCUAGAAAUAACCAUUGAAAAAAUUCUUUCUCCUAAGGUGAAAAUUGCACUGCGAACUUCAGGACACCUUCUUUUGGGAGUUGUUCGAAUCUAUAAUAGGAAGGCAAAAUAUCUUUUGGCAGAUUGCAGUGAAGCCUUGCUUAAAAUGAAGAUGACAUUUCGCCCAGGAUUGGUUGACCUUCCAAAGGAGAGUUUUGAAGCGACAUACAGUGCUAUCACAUUGCCUGAAGAAUUUCAUGAUUUUGACACCCAGACUAUGAAUGCUAUUGAUGUUUCAGAAUGCUGUAUUCAGAACCAAAGCAAACCAGAAGAAAUCACACUUAGAGAAGAUUAUGGCAAUGAUCUACUUUUCCACGCUGGAAGCUUUGGAGAGGAACCUGAAAUUCUCAGAAGACAUAGCUUAUUUGAUGACAACAUAUUGCUGAGUUCCAGUGGUCUUUUACUUGAACAUAGUUCUGAAAGCCCCAUUGGAGAAAAAUCUCUGUUCUGUGGCAGUGGAGAUGGAUUUGGAGAUGAAGGAGCUGCAGGAGAAAUGAUUGACAAUCUACUGCAAGAUGAUCAGAAUAUCCUGUCAGAAGAAAUGCAUUUAAAUAUAGAAAUUUCCCUGCUUCCUGAGCCUCCUAAUACUGUAGUGGAAUCAGAUAAUCCAAAGUGUGUGUGUUCACCUGAAAAUGAAAAAAUGGAUGAAACUACAGUAACAAAAGAAGAGGAAGACUUUACCCUUGACCCAAUUGAUACUUCAGAUAUUGCUGAAAAAAGAAAAGGCAAAAACAGGAAAUUGCUCAUAGAUCCAGUCAAGGAGAUCAGUAGCAAAAUUAUGCAUAGGCAGCUUACUUCCUUUACGGACACACUCAUGGUUUUGGAACUUGCACCUCCUACCCAAAGAUUGAUGAUGUGGAAGCAAAAGGGAGGAGCAGAUACUCUUCUGUCAACUGCUGCCCAGGAUUUGACUCAUGCUAAACUGAAAAUGUUGUUUACAAAAUGCUUUGUGUCCUCUGGCUUUAAACUUGGAAGAAAAUUGAUACAGAAGGAGUCAGUAAGGGAAGAAAUGAGAAGUGAAAAUAUAGUAGAGACCUCCACGAUGGAAGAGCCAAAUUUCCUGCAAGAGUUAAGUCAACCUAAAACUUGGAAGGAAGUCACUGAUGGAUCAAAAUGUAGUUCUCAUGAAGAUACCAAUAAAGACAUUAACUCUGAUGAGGAUAUUGUUGAAAUGGUGUCUUCAGCUGCUGAGGAAUCAUCUUCAAUGAAUGCCAUCUUGGCACAGGAAAUUGAAAAUUGUCCAAUGGAAUUGGAAUCAUGGGGGACUGAACAAAGCAUUGAAGCAGAAAGAUGGAAUUUAAGAAUACUUCAGAUGUUACAUAGUUUGCAGGAAUCCAACAAGAUGGGAAUGCAGUACUUUAGUCUGAUGAAGCUCUGCAGAAAUAGUGACCGAAAACAAACUGCUGCCAAAUUUUAUAGCUUUCUUGUCCUAAAAAAACAGCAGGCUAUUGAGCUGAGCCAGAGUGCUCCCUAUGCAGAUAUUAUAGCUACAGUGGGACCAAUGUUCCAUAAAAUGUGAAGGAAAUCCAGAACAUGCAGAUUUAUGUCAUCAUUGGAAUUUCUGUAUAGAUUGUUCAGUUUAAUGCAAAAGCCGUCUGGAAGCAGCUGAAGGUCUGAUCCAUUUUGUAGAUAGGUUGAGCUCAUAUUUCCUCUUUGUAAGUUCAGAAUAAUCAUAGACAUAAUUAGAAACCUAUAUGCUUCCAGAUAUAAUUGUAGCUAAGUAAUAUUUUUAACUUAGUUGACUUGAAUGCAUAUCAUUUACCAUUUCCUUGACUUGAAUGUUGCAUUUAGGAUACACUUUAAAAAUACUUUGUGUCUUCAAGGAUUUUUAUAAAGUGGAUUAUUUACUUAAAUUUUAUAAUUUAAUAAUUAUUAAUUAUUAAUAAAUAUUAGUAACUAAUAAUUAAGACUUUCUUAUUUCACCACAGAUAAUAAUUUAUUUGAUUAUAACACAUAUCACUCUUGAUUUGAUAUAAUGCCCUGGCUUUUAAUCUAAUAUCUUAAUCAGAGUUAUAAAAUUUUUCUUAGUCUCAAAUUAUCUGAGUCUAAUAUAAUGUGGCUUUAGGCUAAUUAUAGGUCAUGCAACCUGUUUAUUUACUAUUAAUGAUUAUUAUGGCUAUCAUUUAUGUAUCAGCAAAACUAAUGUUAGAAAAAAUUAAUGGAUGUUUAUUCAGCAUGUUAUUUUCAGCUAUAAUUCACGUAAAUGUAACUAAAAUAAAUGUUCUUUAUAUGGUGUAUACUGAGCAUUUUUGACAUUAAAACCAAAGCUUCUUUUUUCCUAGUUGAAGUUUGAGUUAAGAAAUUUUCAUGUACUGCUCUGUGAGCUCCAUACUAUUGUAUCUGGAAUUAUGCUGCAGACUAAAUUCUAAAUGGCCCCUUUGAAUGUAUUAACUAUACAUUAGUCUAUACAUUAUAAACUAUAAGUUUUAGAUGUCAAAAUUGCCUUCUUAAAAAUUUCCUUUAAUUUUUAAUUAAAUGAAAGAUUGACUUUUUUAUUUUAGUGCACAGUUCUAUGAAUUUUACAGGUAUAGAUUCCUGUGAUCACUAUCAGAACCAGGGUACCAAAAAAAUCCCUUAUACUAACCCUUUAUAGUCAUACCCUUCCCCCAUUCUAGCUCCUGGUAACUACUCUUCUACAUGACUAUAGUUUUAUCUUUUUAAGAAUGUCAUACAAAUGGAAUUAUAUAGUAAGUAACCUUUUUUCAUACUGACUUCUUGCAUUCUAUCUUUGAGAUUAGUACAAAUUGUAGCAUGUAUCAGGGGUUCAAUCCUAUGUAUUGUUAAGUAGUAUUCUGUUGUCUGGAUAUACCACAGUUUAUGUAUCCAUUUAACUCCUGAAGGACACUUAAAUUGUUUAACA